AUGAUGACAACAAGCAAUUUGAGAAGGGUGUUCGUUGCGGGCUAUGCCAGGACGCCCAUCGGUUCCCUUGGUGGGAGCUUGUCCCAAAUACCUGUGCAUAAGUUAGCCGCCCCAACCAUCUUGAAAGCCCUGGAGAGAAGCCAAAUUGAAAAAGACGAAGUGGACUGCCUAAUUUUCGGACAGUCCCUACCCGCGGGGUGCGGCCCCUUGCCCCUCCAGAGGGUGGUAGUUUCGACGGGAAUAAACCUAAACGCGAAGACGCACCUGGUAAGUAACCUGUGUUGCGGAGGGCUGGACGCCAUCACCCUCGGUUAUGAGCUAAUAAAAGGCGGGAAGGAUAUCUGCGUAGUUGGCGCCAUGGAAUCAAUGUCGCAAAGCCCCUUUUAUUUAAAAAAUAUAAGAACAGAAAAGUACCAUCUGGGUAAUUGCCUAAUAAAUGAUAGCAUCGUCUGCGAUGGGUACGACUACAUUGUUAACAACAAAGAAUUAAAAAAAAAUAAUAACAUGGAACAGUUUUGCAAAAAAUAUAAAAUCCCCAGAGUAGACCUCGAUGCUUAUGUUGUCAAAUCGUUUAAAAGAACAGCCAAUGCGUACAGUGAUAAUUUAAUUCAACAAGAAUUAUUUCCGUUAAUAAUCCAAAAGAAGAAAAACCCCAUCACGAAUGAAAAAACGGUUAUAGAAACAGACGAAAUGUACAAAAAAUAUAACCUUGAUGAUAUUUGUAAUUUAAGUAUUGACUCUGUAGUAACGAGCUGUAAUACUGCACCGUUGGCAGAUGGUGCUUGUGCAAUUGUACUUAUGAGUGAACAUAAAAUAAACCAACUGCAAAUAAAUCCCUUAGUGCAGAUUGUAACCUAUGAUCAUGCAUCCGUCUACCCUUCUGAUGCUCCACUCAGUAUUUCUCACUCAAUUAUCAAGUGUCUUAAAAAGGUAAAUAAAUCUUCUGUUGAUUAUUACGAGAUUAAUGAAUCCUCCGCUUUAGACGUAGUGUACAACAUUCGCAACCUAGGCUUAGACGACUCUAAUGUAAAUAUAAAUGGCGGGGCUUUAUCCAUAGGCCAUCCUAGCUCUGUUUCCGGAUCCAGGAUCCUCAUUUCGCUCAUUACUGCUUUGAAAAAUUUUGACAUGAAAUUGGGUUGCGCUUCUAUAAAUAACUACCUAGGCACAUCUACCUCUGUCAUUGUGGAAAACGCUUAG